AUGACUCAAUCUCGCCCAACAAAAUCAAAUAUAUCCGCAAAUGCAUCCAAUAAUUUUUCAAAAUAUAAUGGCUUACAUUCUUCUGGAUCUGUAAGUUCUGUAGAAACUAUAAAUAAUCGAAAUUUAUCAUCAAAAUUUGUACCAUUACCUGCGAAUUCUAUAACUAAUAAGCCUGCUAUUGCAUCAUCAUCUAUUUACCAAAUAUGCAGAGAAAUACAUGGACGCUUGCUUAAUGUUCCAAAUUUUGAAAUUUAUUUAGAUAAUGCCAAGUCUCAAAAUGAUCUUUCCCCAGCAGGAAUAGUAAAUGAUCCUGUUUCUUUGCUUUGGCAAUGUUUCCGACAAGGUGCUAGUCUUUGCGCACUUUUUAAUGCACUUAGGCCUGCAAAACCUUUGACUGUUAAUCCGGAUUCUUACUUAACAAGCAUGAAUGCAUGUAAAGCAAGUGUAUAUCAUUUUCUUCUAGCUUGUCGCAAUGAACUUGGAUAUAAAGAUGAUGAUUUAUUUUCUAUUUCUCAGUUAUAUCAGGAUGAUACAAACGGAUUUGUUAAAGUUACAAAGACAGUAUCUCUUAUAUUAGACAAGUUGGAAGAGAAAAACCUUCUUCUUAAAAGAAAAAAAAUAAUAUAUAAUGAUCAAGAUAUAAAAAAACCGAAAGAUAAUCGAGCAAAAGUGGUAGCAGAACUUUUAGAUACAGAGAGAAAAUACGUUCAAGAUAUGGAGACUUUACAAAAUUAUAUGCAUGCACUCCAAUCAAACGAAAUUGUAUCUGCAGAUACAAUUCAUCUUUUAUUUGCUAAUCUUAAUAUGCUUGUCGAUUUUCAACGUAGAUUCCUUAUUGGAAUAGAAGCUAACUCUGCUCUUCAUCCUGAACAUCAAAGAUUUGGAGCAUUAUUUAUACAGAUGGAAGAAUCAUUUAGUAUAUAUGAACCAUUUUGUUCAAAUUAUACAUAUGCUUCUGAUCUUGCUAUCGAGGAAACAUCAAAGCUAAAUAAACUUGCACAUAUCGUAGAGCCUACAUAUGAAUUACCAUCAUUAUUAAUUAAACCUAUUCAAAGAAUUUGCAAAUAUCCACUUUUACUUAAAGAAUUAUUAAAAUAUACAGAUCCAUCGGAUCCUCAUUAUGAAGAACUAAAACAAGGAAUGUAUGCAAUUAAGCGAGUAACGGAUCGUGUGAAUGAAACACGUCGUCGACAAGAAAAUGAAGUUGUUGUUAUGGAACUUGAAAGAAAAAUAGAAGAUUGGAAAGGGCACAAUGUAUCAAAUUUUGGUGCACUUUUACUUGAAGAUGUAUUUAUAGUAAUUAAAGGAGAUGUGGAAAGAGAGUAUCAUGUAUAUCUUUUUGAAAGAAUUUUGCUUUGUUGUAAAGAAAUUCCUGCAUCGAAAAAACAAGCAAAAGUCAUGUCUAUUUCAAAAAAAUCGCACAAGAAACGCGGGAAUUUACAAUUGAAGGGAAGAAUUUUCAUUAAUAGUGUAUUAAAUAUUGAUUCUAUUUCCAAAAAUGGGCAAUAUACUUUACAUGUUCAUUGGCAUAAUGAUCACGAAAAAGAGUUUUUUAUACUUAAAUGCCGUAAUGAAGAAAAUUUAAAACAAUGGCAUAAUGUGCUCAAAAAACUUAUAGAAGAAUCAAAAUCUAAAGAUGAUACUCAAAUCAACCAUAAUACUAUGAAUUAUAAAUCUAAUAAAAUUGAUAAUCAAUUUAAUACAAUGAAGAGCUUCAAUACGAAGUCAAAAAAUUAUGCAACAGAUGAUAGUGAUAACGAAAGUUCUUAUAAAGAUGUACGGGAUAUUAUUGAUAAUAGUAAUGAUAUCGGAACAUCAACUAUCAGUAAGAAUCUGUCUUCAAUCAGUGUAAGAUCAAGAUCUGCCACAAAUGAUAGCAUUGCUAGUUUCGGAAAUAAUUACUACGGGACUCAAAUAUUCUCUUCUCGAAACCCGCCUCAAACUUCAAAAGUAUCGCAAAUAUGCUAUCAAUCCUAUUCAACAAAUCCUAAGGGGGUCUUGGAAAAUAUAGAUUGCAAACCAUUUGAAAAUAAUUAUAUGAUUCCAGAUUCCCAUAUAUCAAUAACAACAGAAUUAUCAUCUAAUCCCACAAGAGAAAGUCUAGGCUCGUCUAUUACCGAUUCUUAUUCAUUUACAGGAUUUAAUACACAAAAUACUUCUAAUCAUGAUCUUGAUCAACUUAGAUAUACUAUACCAUCUGUUUCUCAAACAUCCCACAAGAACAAUAAUAUCCCCUGUUCAUUACACAAUUAUCGUAUUCCAGCACAUCCAACAUCAAUACCGGAUAUAAUGUCUAAAAAUAAUACGCGCUCUAUUAGUAAUCCUGUAAUUAAUGCAUUUCCGGAGAAUCAAAUACCUCCUAAUACUAGCCUUUUAUCGUCGGUUUCAUCAUCACAUAUAAUAUCAAACCAUAAGAUUGAACACAAUGAUAGUACAUCAUCUAUUUCUCCAAAUACAUCAUUAUCACGACCAACAACUGAAUCUCCAAAUACAACAACUGGUAAUAUUUCUCCUUCUACUAUUCCUCAGACUCGUUUAGAAGGAAACAAAAAUGAAAAUCAGGUAAAAAUUAAGGUUAAUUAUUUGGAUGAUAUUUUCGUUAUUAUUGUUGCACCAACUAUUGGGUAUGCUCAAUUAAUGGAAAGAGUAGAACGUAAAAUUCAUCUUUGUGGAAAUUAUGCUACAAAAAAUCUUAGACAACCAUUACGAAUAAGAUAUCAGGAUGAAGAUGGAGAUCAUAUUACAAUUAAUUCAGAUGAGGAUGUGCAAAUGGCAGUAGAAAUGCGGCACUUAUAUGGAACAGAGGGACUAUCAGGUGCACCAGGCAUUGUUAAUUUAUAUGUUGGAUAG